AUGCAGGCUACGACAGCAAUACCCAUUCUUCUUUGCAAACGUCUUUCGACUUCAAAAUUUGUAGGAGCUCGACGUUCCAAGGUUCUCACGUACGACAGCAUAAAUUCUCACGUCAAGAAGGUUGAAUAUGCCGUUCGCGGCGAAUUGGCGAUUCGUGCAGAAAAAAUCAAAGAAAAACUGGCGAAAAAUGAGGAUUUGGGUUUCGAAGCCGUCGUAAAUUGCAAUAUUGGAAACCCGCAACAACUGAUGCAGCGCCCAAUCACUUUUUUCCGUCAAGUUGCCGCCUUAACCGAAUAUCCCGACCUCCUGUCACCCGAAAAUCAAGAUCACGUGAAGGCACUGUUUCCCUCCGACGCUAUAGAGCGCGCACGAAAAUUGCUAAAGCAGAUUGGAAGCGUCGGUGCCUACUCACACUCCCAGGGCGUUCCUCACAUAAGGCAAGAUGUGGCCAAAUUCAUAGAAGAACGAGACGGGUAUCCAUCCGACAUGAACAAUAUAUUCUUAACUCAAGGAGCCUCCUCUGGUGUACAAAGCGUGCUGCAAUUGAUAAUCACCCACCCUGACGUCGGAGUCAUGAUACCUAUCCCACAAUACCCUCUUUACAGUGCUACCCUUUCACUCUUCAACGCACGUGCCGUACCUUAUUAUUUGAAUGAGGAUGAUGAUUGGAGCUUAGAUAUCGACCAGUUGACCUCAUCACUUGCCAAUGGACGAUCGAAGGGUUGCGAGGUUCGGGCUCUUGUUAUCAUCAAUCCCGGAAAUCCGACCGGACAAUGCUUGACGGAACGUAAUAUGCGUGAGAUCAUAGAAUUUUGUUAUAACGAACGCAUCGUUCUUUUGGCCGAUGAGGUUUAUCAAACCAACAUCUAUCGGCCUUCCGAACGCCCAUUUCACUCUUUCAAAAAAAUUCUCAGAUCCAUGGGCAGUAAAUAUGAAGAUUUUGAACUUUUCUCGUUUCACUCAAUUUCCAAAGGAAUGAUUGGUGAAUGCGGAAGGCGUGGUGGUUAUUAUGAAUGCACGGGUAUCGAUCGGGAGGUUGUCGGUCAACUUUACAAGCUUGCCUCGGUGAGCCUUUGUCCGAAUGUGCAAGGUCAGAUCAUGGUGGAUCUGAUGGUGAAACCACCAAAGCGCGGUGACCCCAGCCAUGAAUUGUACCAAAAGGAAUUGAAGGGAAUAUAUGCGAGCUUGAAACGAAGAAGUGAAAAAUUGAGCGGCCUGUUCAACAGUUUGGACGGUGUAACGUGUAACGAUGCCAAGGGAUCCAUGUAUCUAUUUCCUCGAAUCCGUCUACCCCCCAAAGCGAUUGAAGCUGCCAGGGAGGCCGGAAAACAACCGGACGAAUUUUAUUGCUUGGCUAUGCUUGAUGCCACAGGUGUUUGCGUAGUUCCUGGCAGUGGAUUUGGCCAGAAAGAUGGCACCUGGCAUUUUCGCAGCACAUUUUUGCCUCCCGAGGAAUUAUUCGAUGGAUUCUGCGCAAAUUUAAAGAAAUUUCAUCAGGAAUUUCUUUCAAAGUAUCGUGACUAG